AGGAUAUAGUCGAAGUGCUUGUCCAUCACUUUCUCUGCUAUCAAGUUGUGUUCUUAUUUUGCUUUGAGUGUAUAGCACUCUGUACUAGUUGAGCAAUAGAGAAUCUAUGGCAUUGAACUGCUUUCUCACAACCACUGGACCUUACCCUCCCGCCCACUAGCAAACGACCACACAGCUUUUUCCCUAGGUAAACAACAAAGCAGGGCAAUGCAAAUCUAACAUAGCUCGAGUAUCAUCUUAUCAACUUGAAUACAUCCGUCGCUAAGUACACGAUUCUGAAGGAAGGCCGGCUAGUCGCCUCACAACUCGAACACUCGACAAGUGAGAAGCCGGGUACUCACAGCAAGUCAAGACACAUCGAAACCUUGAGCUAAGAGCUAUUGCAGUGUGUCGGACACCGGAGGAACAUCUACACCUCCAAGUGUGUAGGUAGCCCAGGACGCCUCAUCAAUAGCAAGAAACGGCCUACAAGUUCCUCCGAGCAUCAGCCCCCAGCCCGCAACGCCCGAGGCUGAAGAGCGAUGACACCGUUUGAACAAUAGUGACUGUGGCUUUGACAAGAUUUCGGUAGUUUCGCAGCGACCUGAAGGCUGAAGACUCGCACUCGCCACUGCAGCAGUGCAGUUCCUGCAGAUCCAGUGGGGCGUUGCCCUGCGCGGCGCCGCGGUGAAGAUUUCCUCUGACAGACAGGCGCUAAGCUGUUUUGAGAGCUAUAGCGUAGAGGCCAUAGGUGAUUCUACGAGUACAAGAACAAGACCGUAACAAUGAGAAGAACAAUCAUGGACGACUACACACCCACAACCUUCCACUCAUAUAAGACUCCGCCAGUCUCAGCCCCCACAGCUAUUGACGCUCUCCUCGCCGCAUCUCUCCCGCCAGGCACCACAGACCCUUCAACCGCCGCUGCCCGACUAGCCUAUAACCUCCCAUCUACGCCCGUUGAAGUUCUCGACCGAACGAUCAAGUCCCUCUUUGACUACGGGCCCGAGGAUGCCUCGCUGAAGUACUCCGCGCUCGAAGACUCCGUCCUCCGCGGGACAACGGUCGUUGAUCGCGGCUACGUCCGCUCGUCUCUGGCCCGCUAUAUCAUUGAACAGUUUCCGUGGUACGAUUCGAAGCUUGCGACGAGACUGGUUCUACUAUUCGCUUGUAUGCCGGACCUGCACCGUAUGCUUGAGGCGAUGCGCUUCCAGAAUGAGAAGAUAGCCGGUAUAACCACCAUGCAAGAGGUAAAUUCCACGCCAUCAGCGGACCUACCUAGCCGCUUUGCGCUCGCAAAACGAGAAGCCCUAUCCGAGGCCGCUCAAGUGACUGUCCUCGGUGUGAGCCUCGUCGACGUCGAGAGCCUGGAGAGGAUGGAAGCGCAAAACGGCCUGGGUACGGGGUUCUCGAGCUACGCGCAUAACUUCGCGCUUGCAAUCGGGAGAGAGGGGUGGCGGAUGUAUCAGGCUUGCGAGAAAAAUGAGUACCGGCUUGAUGAGUGGUUGAUGAGGAUUAAUGGUGGUUCAAGGUUGAGGGACUGGGAGGCGGCGGAGGGGUGGAUGGGUUGGUUUCGGAGGAUCUGUGGGGGAGGGGAAACGUGGACUGCGAAACUCAACGAUGCGUAUACUGCCUGCUUCGACGUGGACCUUGACUUUUUUUGCGGGGAGGGACGGUCUUAUCCACCUCUCAUACCCGUGUAUCGGCCCUGGGUGAAGAUUCAGCAGAUCAACGAUGUCAAGGUGGAAGAUAUCUGCAAGUUUGAAUGGAAAGUUGGUCGUUCGUGGGAUUAG